AUGAAGAUGCAGAAAGGAAAUGUUCUCCUUACGUUUUGUCUACUAUUGCAUUUAGAAGCUGCAACAAAUUCCAGUGCGACUAGCACCUCUGCCAACACUGGAUCCAGUGUGAUCUCCAGUGGGGCCAGCACAGCCACCAACUCUGGGUCCAGUGUGACCUCCAGUGGGGUCAGCACAGCCACCAACUCUGAGUUCCAUACAACCUCCAGUGGGAUCAGCACAGCCACCAACCCUGAGUUCAGCACAGUGUCCAGUGGGAUCAGCACAGCCACCAACUCUGGGUCCAGUGUGACCUCCAGUGGGGCCAGCACAGCCAUCAACUCUGAGUCCAGCACACCCUCCAGUGGGGCCAGCACAGCCACCAACUCUGAGUCCAGCACACCCUCCAGUGGGGCCAGCACAGUCACCAACUCUGAGUCCAGCACAUUCUCCAGUGGGGCCAGCACAGCCACCAACUCUGAGUCCAGCACAACCUCCAGUGGGGCCAGCACAGCCAACAACUCUGAGUCCAGCACACCCUCCAGUGGGGCCAGCACAGCCACCAGCUCUGAGUCCAGCACACCCUCCAGUGGGGCCAGCACAGCCACCAGCUCUGAGUCCAGCACACCCUCCAGUGGGGCCAGCACAGCCACCAACUCUGAGUCCAGCACACCCUCCAGUGGGGCCAGCACAGCCACCAACUCUGAGUCCAGCACACCCUCCAGUGGGGCCAGCACAGCCACCAACUCUGAGUCCAGCACAACCUCCAGUGGGGCCAGCACAGCCACCAACUCUGAGUCCAGCACACCCUCCAGUGGGGCCAGCACAGCCACCAACUCUGAGUCCAGCACAACCUCCAGUGGGGCCAGUACAGCCACCAACUCUGGGUCCAGUGUGACUUCUGCAGGCUCUGGAACACCAGCUGUGACUGGAAUGCACACAACUUCCCAUAGUGCAUCUACUGCAGUGAGUGAGGCGAAGCCUGGUGGGUCCCUGGUGCCAUGGGAAAUCUUCCUCAUCACCCUGGUCUCGGUUGUGGUGGCCGUAGGGCUCUUUGCUGGGCUCUUCUUCUGUGUGAGAAACAGCCUGUCCCUGAGAAACGCCUUUAACACGGCUGUCUACCACCCUCACGGCCUCAACCAUGGCCCUGGAGGGAAUCAUGGAGCCCCCCGCAGGCCCAGGUGGAGUCCUAACUGGUUCUGGAGGAGACCAGUAUCCUCGAUAGCCAUGGAGAUGAGCGGGAGGAACAACGGGCCCUGA